GCCGACUUGUACCGAAGUGUGCCGCCAACCGGCAACAGCUCGCCUCGGUUGAACGGGCUUCUCCCUACGCAGUCUUCCACCCGCUCUUUGUCCGCGACCGGCUGACUGACGACGCGUUUCCCUUUAAGAUGAUGUCGGGCACAAUUAUGCCUCAUUUAAUUAUUUCGCGUAAUGUCGCCAGGCGAGACACCGGGACUGAACCGGCACCUUAAAGGGGAGUCCGGCACCCCCUAGUCUCCAAGUGGCGAACAGGAGCCCAGUGUCCUCGCUCGUGUCAACCGCAGCUCCGGUGUUUAUCAGAGGCGACAGCGCGUCUCCGGGACAGACAUGUCUUUUCAUUCAGCGGAGGAGACGCGGUGAAGCUGCUCCGUCUCCCCCUCUCUCCGCUCCGCAAUGUGUUGGAUAUUUGGAAAAGACAGCGGCCAGUAGCAUUUCUUGCCGGCCAUUUGACAGACGGCGUUUAAAAAAAAAAAGAAAGGAGCUCUCCCACGUCUCUCCCCCGCUGCCUGGGGAGCCACUUCCACCUUUAACCUUCUCUAAUGAUGAUAUCCCCGGACUCUCCCCCUCUGGUCUCCCCUUCCCCAUGUCCUCCUCCCCCUCCGUCCCUCCCUUCCUCUCCAGUCCCCUCCUCCCCGGCCCAUUCGUCCUCCUCCCUCCCCGCCCCGCCCUCGCUGCCUCCCACGGGGGAGGUGAUGGUGCUGGCUCUGGGCAGGAAGAAGCAGAGGGUCCUGAUUGCUCUCUCCAUCCUGCCCAACCUCUUCCUGGCCUUUCUGCUUUCCUCCGACCCCCUCAUCACCCUCUCUUCGCCCCACCACUGCCACCUGCCGGGGCCCCUACCGUCACCUGAAGUGCUGAACGCCUCGCUGCCAUGGGAGAAGGGGGUGAGGCCCGGGGACAGUGGGGGCCUGUCCCAGUGUAAGCAGUAUGUCAACGGCAGCCAGUCAGCUGUGGUGGACUGCGAAGCCGGCUGGGACCACAACGUCACGGAAGGGCUGAGGAACAACAUCGUUACUCAGUGGGAUUUGGUGUGUGGUCAGUACUGGCUGGUCCCCGUGGAGGAGGUGUGUUUCAUCCUGGGCGUCCUGACUGGCUGUCUCGGCCUGGGCUUUGCUGCUGACAGACUGGGCAGGUCCAAGACUCUGCUGGCUUCUCUGACCUUGUCGGUGGUGUUUGGGGUGUUGGUGUGUGUCUCUCCGUAUCCCUCCAUCUUCAUCGUCAUGCGUUUCUGUCUGGCGGCGGCUAGUGCGGGAGUCUACCUCACUCUGUACAUCACUCGUCUGGAGCUGUGUGAACCCUCUCUGAGGCUGCUGGUGACCAUGCUGGCCGGGCUGAUGACUGUCGCUGGAGAACUACUGCUGCUGGCUGUUGCCCUGGGCUGCCAGUCCUGGAGGGGCCUGCUGGGAGCCGGCGCCGCCCCACUAACACUUUUCCUCAGUUAUGGCAUUCCCGGGUUGUUUCCAGAGUCUCCACGCUGGCUACUUCUGUCAGAGAGAUCAGCAGACAUGAACUCCUUCACUGAGAGAAGAAACUCCAACAGAGAUGUGAGGGACGACGAGAGCUUCACAGAGCUGGAUUCAGAGCCGGCCCCCUCUUCACGCCCCCACCUGUCCUUCCCUGAGCUUUUCCACAGCAGGAACAUCUGGAAGAACAUGUGUGUGCUCGGCUUCACCUCAUUCAUCGCUCACGGCAUUAGUCACUGUUACAGCUCUUUCCGAGGUGAUGUCAGAGGCACAGCCCCAAGCUUCUAUUGGACGUACCUGCUGUCUGUGUGUGCAGGGGGCGGUGCCUGGCUGUUGCUCUGGGCGACUGUAAACAGGUGCGGUCGCCGUGGCAUCCUGCUCCUCUCCAUGACGAUGACGGGGCUGGCCUCUUUGAUCCUCCUGGGACUCAUGGAGUAUCUCAGUGAGACGGCCAUCACAGUUUUCUCGGUGCUGGGUCUUUUCUCCUCCCAGGCCACCGCCUCCCUCUGCAUCCUCUUCACUGCAGAGAUCAUGCCCACCAUCAUCAGGGGCACUGCUGUGGGCACAGUGCUGGCCCUGGGCUGCGUGGGCCGCCUCAGCUCCCCGCUCAUGGACCUGAGGAACCACUACGGCUACUUCCUGCACCACGUGGUCUACUCCUCCCUGGCCCUGUUGGCCGUGCUGUCCAUCCUCCUGCUGCCCGAGAGCAAGAGGAAGCCGCUGCCCCAGACGCUGGUCGACGGGGAGCAGUACAGACGCCCCCCGCUGGGCAGGAGGAGGAGGGACAAUGUGCCGCUGCUGGCCACACCCAACCCAGAGACCUAAAAGACCGCCGGAAAGAGUGAGAUGGACUCCGCUCAAGUCACCCACUUUGCAGCCAGAACAUUCACAUCCAUCACGUUCAUACAGAAGAAGAGAAAGGCCAAGCGAUAUAGAGAAAAGGGCUGCACCGAUGACUGUGGACAGGGGACGAAGGGCGGUGAUGAACGUGAUCAGACGGCCUCGGCUCCUUAACAAAGCGUCUUUUAGUCAUUCCAAACGCAGGCGGUUGGGUUGUUUCCUGCCCUUGAGAUGUUGAUGGAUCUGACACACAAUGCUCACAGAUUCAUGUCAUUCAUCGUAAUCUCCUGACCAGACGGACCCCCCCCCCCCCCACCCCCCCCCCCCCAAUCAUGUGACACACCAGCAUACUGCUGCACGCUGCCCCCCUGCCCCGUGCGUCUGUCGUAGAGAUGAGAGUAGUCACCAAUUAUUCCAAGCAUUUGUCUUAACCGGCAUAGAGCGUUUUUUUGUUGUGUUUGCUGUGUACGACAACACUAGAAAAACAAAGUCAGCGUCGUAUACUUCACUGUGACACUCUUGAUGAAAGUCUCCCACGUGGCACUCCCAACAGGGAUGGACCACAAGUUGUGAGACUCGAUGGAGAGCGGGUGCUUUGUAAAUACUCUAGCAUUGGUUUCCUUAACUUCUGGGGGCAUCUUGAGUUUUGUUAAAGCAGACCGUGUGGCUGGAAACUGCAGUGCAGUACGCUAAUGCAGUGGCGAAGUGGUGCAGAGCUCUUUGAAACAUUCUUAUUAAAGAUGACGGUGGAUAAUUUGACACAAAUCUUAAAACUUAAAAGACCCGUUUUAGGGGCGUGAAUCAACUGAUAUCAAUAUUGGGAUCAGAAGCUAAAAACAUAACAAAAAAAGGCCUUCAAAUAGAAAGGUGUCAAUGUUCAAACUGUGUAAAUCCAGUCAAUUAAUCUGGCCGGGAGCCAGCAAUAUUUAUGUCUUAUUUAUGUUGUUAUUAAGCAUAAUCGAUAAAUUAUCCAGAGGCCUCGUAUUUUAAAGUAUUACGCUAAAUAUUGUGAAACUGGAUUGAGACGAAUCUGACUCUGAUCCAAAAGAGAAGCUGUAAACUGUCCCAACAUUCCUAUCUGCAUGUUUGAAGGGCUUUUUUUAAUUCAGUAUUUCCUCAGACGCUUAUAGUUACUAUUAUAAUAGCUCUCUAGAUGACCAGUCUCAGUUGUAAGAGAAUAGACGGGUACGAACAGUAGAACUUUACAUGGUGACUUGUAUGUGGACGUUUUGAAAGAGGUUGUCUGUUUUGCCUGAAUGAGGAUCGAUGCUGGAGGACGGGCCCGGUGAUUACGCUCCCUGAGGUCUGACUGAGAGCUGAAGAGGGCCCCCAGAGCUCCAAAUGAACCCCCAAAUCCUCAACCACGCACCCAGGAUAGAUCUUUCCUCUUGGCUUCUUUGUUUUCAGCUGGCUGAUGCCUUGCUGCAUAUGGUUAAAUCAAGAUGGAGAAUUACCAAAGCAAAAGAAUCCCCGUGUACGUCAGUGGGCUCGGGUACUUUGUUUGCUCCACCUUUCACGGGUGCGUGACGUUAAGAGGAAGCGGGUGUUUCAUUCGGACUCUUGACGUUGAGGACGUAGGACAAUCACUUUUGCUGACUGCUUCUUCCUCUGUCGGCCUUUGGUGGGUUUUUUUCACUCUGUAUGUUGCACUCAACAAGUCCUUAACAGUUAUACACGGAUAGUUAUGAUCACGAUGAUUAACUUGGCUCGAGUAGUAUUAUGUCUGACAACACUGAUGAGCUGUUCAAUGACGAGUAUGAUGCAGUUAACUAUAUAGCCUAAUUUAAUGUCAAAUAAAACCGGUUCAACAAA